AAUCACAAACAAAAUUAUGAAAAUGAUGGUAAAGCUCUAUCCAAUAACAACCGUGGUUACCUUGCUCUUUCUUGCAUUUGGUCUUGCCCUUGCUAGAUACCCGACUUUUCCAACCGAGCCAUUUCCUCCUCCACCAAACCAGAAUGAGAAUAUAUCAGUAAACCAAUUUCAAGUUAUCCCACAUCUACCAUGGCCUCCAAAACGCCCAGGACAUCCACCCCACCAAAAUGCCAAAGUCGCAGUGAACCAAUACCCGGGCAUAAUUCCAAUUCCUCAUUAUCCAGAACCUCCAAAACAUCCAGGACAUCCGCCUUAUCAGUAUCCGAAGAUAUCACCGAACUAAUACUCAUACAUAUGUUUUUCUCAUUUGCGUUGUAAAAAUUGCAGCCCAAAAAGUUAUAUGUUUUUAAAUAAAAAAUAAAUAUAAUACAUAACAUUGGAAACC